CGUCAGAUCGCAAUCUCCGUGGCUCUGGAGCCUCCGGGUCCAUAGAUGGAAUGGCAGGAGACUGGGCGGACCGGUCUGGACCGGAGCGUGGAGACGGAAGGUGAGGAGCCUCGUCACGGUGGCUACGCUCCCGUCCAUGUUCUGGUAUGUUCUGGCAACGCCGCCAUGGCUGGCGCGGAUUCCAGCCCGCCCAGUCGCAGCUCUACUUAUUACCUGCUCAGCGCCCUCGCGCACCCCACAUAUACGUACGACCCACGACCAUAUACCUCUUGCCCCGCUUUCUCCCAUUUCCACGCACUAUUCCUCGUUGAUACACCAUGGGCACGGACUACUACAAGUUGCUCGGCGUCGACCGUAGCGCCAGCGAGGAUGAUAUCAAGAAGGCCUACCGGAAGAUGGCCUUGAAAUGGCAUCCAGACCGUAACAAGGGGUCCGAAGAAGCCACCAAGAAAUUCAAGCAGAUCUCAGAAGCUUUCGAAGUUCUCAGUGACAAGCAGAAGCGGGCGGUCUACGACCAGUUCGGAGAGGAAGGCCUCAAGGGCGGAGGCGUACCACCACAGGGCGCAGGAGGCCCUGGAGGCGGCUUCUCCAACUUCGGCGGAUUCCCCGGGGGGACCUACACCUUCACGACGAGCUCACCAGGAGGCGGUGGGUUCGGGAGUAGCGGGUUCAAUCCGACAGAUCCCAACAAGAUCUUUGAGCAGUUCUUCGGUAUGGGUGGUCUUGGCGGACUCGGAAGCAUGGGGGGCUUCGGCGGCGGCGGUCGCAGCCGCAUGGGCAGCAUGUUUGCAAACGAGGAUGAUGACAUGGGCGGGUUCUCGUUCGGCGGCAUGCCAGGCGCAAUGCCAAACGGUCGCUCAACACCACGCACCGGUGCCCAAAGACCAUCAUCACCAGCACCGUCAGCCGCACCCUCCGAGAUCACACGGUCUGUGAAGGUCUCAUUGGAGGACCUGUACACGGGCACGACAAAGCACCUGAAGGUCGGGCGGAAGCUGCUCGGCGGCGACACCGAGGAGAAGGUGCUCGAGAUCCAGGUGCAGCCCGGCUGGAAGAGCGGCACGAAGGUGCGCUUCCCGCGCGCGGGCAAUGAGCAGCCCUCGGGCGAGGCGCAGGACCUCGUGUUCGUCGUCGAGGAGAAGCCGCACGACCGGUUCGUGCGCGAGGGCAACGACCUCAUCUGCCACCUACCACUGCCGCUUGUCGACGCGCUUGCUGGCGAGGGAGGCCGGCGGACGGUGGAGCACCUCGAUGGACGGAAGCUGCAGGUCACGAUCCCGAGCGGCGUCGUCAAGCCCGGGCAGAAGACAGUCUUGUCGGGCGAGGGCAUGCCGAUCCGGAAGGAGGGUGCGGUACGGAGGAAGGGUGACCUACUCGUGCAGUGGGAUGUUACCUUCCCUGACCGGCUAACACCAGCACAGAAGGAGGGCAUCCGGAAAGUGCUAGGUUAAACGUAACUAUCCAUCGAGGACUUCACGAACGUUCAUUGCAUUCAUCAUGUAGCAAUACUCGUUGUACUAUUGUAGACAUUCCUCAUAUUAUGUAUCUUUUGCUCACUUGUGA